GCUCAGUCUCCGGCGCUUGGCUCGCCUGGCAGCAGCUGGGGCGCUCCCCUUCCCAGACAGGCGCUGCUGCCGCUGCUGCCGCGAUUGCCAGCCUUCUCCCAGCUUCAGCAACUUUCCCCGCGGAGCCUCAGCAUCCUCCCUGGCGCCUCCCCCGAGGAGCCCUUGAGCUGCUGAAGAGGGAGCUGUCCUUGGCUCUGGCCUGGAGCCGCCGCUUGCUCGUCCACCUCGUUGCCUCGGCGGGGCUUUCUUGCCUUUGCCUCCAGUCACCCAGGGCGCUUCCUUCCUGCCUGCCUUUUCUUUCUGGACACUUGGGCCACUUCCCUGCCUUCUUCGGAAAGCCCUUCAGCCCAACCCGGCCGCUUCCCCCUCUCCUUUCCACACAUAAAGUUCUUCUUCUUCUUCUUCUCGGCCUUUCUGGCUCCCCCGCUUUCUAUUCUUUUCUUUUGCUUGGCGCCCUUUUCCCGGCGUCUUUCUUCUGCCGGGGAAGCCUCCUUUCCCAGCCCAGCCGCUGCUGUCCUUCUUCGGGAGGGAACCGAGCCCGACUUGCUUGCUCUGUGGGCCCUCUUGGACCCCGCCUUGCUCGCUUGCUGGGGGCCCCUUUGUCGCCCGCCUUCUCCCUUCCCGCCGCCUCUCCUGGGCUGGCAUUGUUCCUCGGAGGGGAUUUCCUUGGGAACAAGGAGGAGGAGGAGGAGGAGGAGAAGGGACCGGCAGCCCCACCGCCUCGCCCUCCCGAAGAGAAGCGCCAGCGCCAGCAGCAGGACUGAGUCGGGCUCGCUCUCCCCGGCGGCGGCUUCUCCUGCGGGACACCGGCUGCUAGCCAUCGGGGACAGGAUGCCUGGCUUCCCGGCAGGAUUUUGGCUCCUCUGCCUCGCCACCGCCUCCGCCGCAGCCUCCUCUUCAUCCAGGAGCGACGGGGCCAACAAGGCCAGGAGCUGCUCCGACCUCCGGCAACUCUAUGGGGCCAAAGGCUUCAGCCCCAGCGGGGUCCCCCAGGCCGAGAUCUCCGGGGAACACUUGAGGAUUUGCCCACAGGGUUAUACUUGCUGUACCAGUGAAAUGGAAGAGAACUUUGCCAACAAGAGCAGAAGUGAAUUUGAAGGCAUGUUGAAAGAGGUCAUGCGCUCAGUGCAAGUAAUCUUGACAGCCCAGUACAAGAACUUUGAUGGUUAUUUCCAGGAUUUGUUAAACAAGUCAGAGAAGGCUCUAUAUGAAACAUUUCCUGGUAUGUAUGGAGAUCUAUACCUUCAGAACAUAAAACUUUUCAAAGACUUGUAUAGUGAACUGAGACGUUAUUACCGUGGUUCCAACAUCAACCUAGAAGAGGCCCUCAAUGAGUUUUGGACUCGUUUGCUAGAGCGGCUCUUUAAGUUCAUGAAUCCUCAGUACCACCUUCCUGAUGAGUAUGUGGACUGCAUGGUGAAGCAUUCUGAGCAGCAUAAACCAUUUGGAGAGGUUCCAAGGGACCUGAAGCUGAAGGCAACAAGGGCCUUCAUUGCAGUCCGAUCCUUUGUGCAAGGACUUGGAGUGGGCAACGAUGUUGUUCGAAAAGUCUCUCAGGUCCCACUGAGCCAGUAUUGCAGCCGGGCCAUCAUGAAGUUGAUGUAUUGUGCCCAUUGCCGUGGCAUGUCAAAUGUAAAGCCAUGUAACAACUACUGCCGUAAUGUCUUGAAGGGCUGUGUUGCCAAUCAAGCAGACCUCGACCCUGAAUGGAAGAACCUGAUAGAUGCACUGCUCAUGGUAGCUGACCGUUUUGAUGGACCAUCCAAUGUAGACAUAGUCAUUGGUACAAUUCAUACCCGGAUUGCAGAAGCCAUUUCUAACAUGCAAGAAAACAGAGAAUCAAUAAAAACCAAGACCUUUCAAGGCUGUGGAAAUCCUAAAAUCAACCCCAAAGCUUCCAACAUUGAAGAUAAAAAGAAGCGGGGGAAAUAUGUCAGUGAAGACAAACCUUCACAGCUUAGCUCAGAGAAACUUGUUUCGGAUGCCAAAGGGAAGCUGAGGGAGAUCAGAGACUUCUGGGUAUCACUUCCAAUCACACUUUGCAAUGAAAAAAUCUCAUCUGGGUCUGUGAACGAAGACAGGUGCUGGAAUGGGAUGACCAAAGGCAGAUAUCUUCCAGAUGUGAUGGGAGAUGGCCUAGCCAGUCAGAUCAACAACCCAGAGGUGGAUGUAGAUGUCACCAAACCAGACAUGACUAUUCGCCAGCAAAUCAUGCAGUUAAAGAUUAUGACAAGUCGACUGCGUAAUGCAUACAAUGGGAAUGAUGUUGAUUUCCAAGAUACAAGUGAUGACAUCAGUGGCUCUGGAAGUGGCGACGGUUGUCCUGAUGAUGUAUGCAGCAAAAGACUGUCCAAGACAAUUAGCACCAGGCUGCCAGAGGUACACGCUAUGCCUAAACAAUCUGGACAAGGCGUCGGGGGAAGCAGCAGCAGCAGCAGUAGCAGCAUACUUUUGCCUUCUUCCUUUCUUUUAUUACUUAGUCUGGCUGUGGUUGCAAGGCAGCACCUGUGGCGAUAAUUUGUUUAUGCAGCCACAAAAGAGACUGUGGUGGUGGAGGUCUCAAAUUUGCCAAAAAUGUGGACAUAUUUAAUUCAUCUUGGCAAAAUGAGAGAGAUAAAAAGUUCUUGAUUGUUUGUGAUAACCUGGCAGUGCUAGAGCUGGUCUUUUUUUCCCCCCCAAAUGCUGGGCCCUUUUUUCUGUACCUCAUUAUGAAGAGAAAGGAAAGAAAGUCAUUAAUUUGCCACAAAGAGGCACCCAAGGGGAUACAAAAGAUCUUGACAGAAAGGUUUAGGGGAAGGAGGGGGACGCAAAUGACCCUCAAGGCUUACCAUUUUUAUUGACUGCAAUAAAUUAUGCAAGUUAUUUCGUAUUAUUUAACUGUGGCCAAGACUGUGCUACUUAUGUUUGGAACAAUACACCUUUUUAAUUUCAAGAUUUUCAGAGGUCUAUAACAGGGGGUCAGUUCAUAAUUUUCCAUUAAGCCAAGUGGCAAAGAGUCUCUCCUUUACUUUGAUGUAGGAGUACAUAUUCUGUACAAUUCCAGUUAGCAAAGGGAUUCAUUAUCUUGGAGUGGAGUGAGUGUUUUAAUUUGUGAACAUAUUUGUCUGCUAACACUAGUAACUGAAACCACUUAAUAUUUCUCUUACAUCUGAGUAAAUUGGAAUGAGACUUUGGUUUUGUGUGGUUUUGAAAAUAGCAAUCAAAUUGGUAAAAUGCAAUACAGAGUUGUAAUAUGCAACAUUUGUGACAGAAUUAUGCAUGGGAGACUGUUGAGAAAGCUCUCUUUCAGUCUGAGGCUGAACAUCUUCCUUCCUGUUAUUAACAGGGACAACAGUCACCUUUUACCAAAGGAUAAGUUGUGAGGUUUUGUGUACUAUUACUUGUGUUAUCAAAGUCUAAGAGUGAUAACUGAACAACCCAGGGAACAGUUAGGUUCUAACAAACAUUCCUGGAAAAUGUAUUUGGAUGUAAUAUCAGAUUUUCAAGUUACUGCUGGUCCUGCCUAUUCCCCAUCAAUUAUCUUGAUGGGCAUCAAGUAGACCAAAGCCAUAUUUUGCAUAAUCAAACAUGCUACCCUUUUUUACUUCCUCUAGCAAAGUUAAUUCUAUGUUUCUAGAACCAUUUUGUAGUACAACCUCAUUCCUUCACCUGAUUUUCUUUUUAAUAAUAGUUGCCAGGUAUGUUGUCUGAUACCUGUUUGGCUAAAAUGAGGUUGAGGAAGAAAGGCAGUCCAACCACAGAUCUACAUAAAAAUAUACAGAUGACAUAUUUCUCUGUUGGGGCAGUUUCGCUUACUAGACCUACAGCCAUAAGCAUAUUUUCUUUUUUCAAAAAUACUUAGUAUAUCAUGAUAAUCCUGUUGAUUUGACUGAACAAUUGAAAGCUCUUGAUGUGGACUUUGCUGUUAAUUCAGUUUGCAUCACAUUACCACUUUCCUUUUGGGGAGCAGGAGGUGUGUGAAAGUAUACUUUUUAUUUUAAAAAAAUAAUAUAGGCUUUGCACAAAUGUUGAGACAUUUUUACUGUGUGUCUUGCAUCAAAGACAAAUGUUGUGUUUCUUAACAACAGCAUCCAAAAAUGCAUACUCAGUUACAAGUAAGGGGAACAUUUCAAGUACAGUACCAUGGCAUUAGAAAUGAUGAAACAGUAACCAAGCAAAUGAAUUCAGCCAUCCUUCCCAUUCCUGGUUCCACCUGGGUUCUAUGCAGCGCAGAGAAAAUUAGUUUCCUAGUCACUCCACUCACUAUUGGAGAUUGCCAGUAGCAUUGGUUGAGUUUUGAAGACAUCAUAUCAAAAUUCAGUUCCAGCAUGAUUCCUUUAUUCCAAACUGCACCUGCUUUGCACACAUUAUUUUCAAUCCCUUGUGAGUAGAACCACACCCUAUCUACUUUUCUUAUCGAUCUAGUCAAUCUGCAGUUAGUUCUCCACAUUUGUAACUUUUAAUUUUGCAGAUUUGAUUAUUUGUAUGAUUAAUAUGUUCUCUCAAGGAAUCUCUAGGUUCCUCCAGCACAACUCUAACAGAUGUUCACCAUAGUUUUACUGGAGGAUCUAGAAAUUACUAGAGAAAACACUUCUCUAGGCAUCAGUGGAUCCUCCAGCAUGAUUCUAAAGUCAACUUCUAGAAGAUGUUGACCCCAGAGUUGAUCUGGAGGACCUAGAGAUUUCUAGAGAGGUGUUCUCUCAGAUAAAAAAAAUAGUGUUUUUUAUUUGUGGUUUUUCUACUUUCACGGUGGUGCCGUAUCCCUAAACCCAGCAAAUGUGUAAUACCCACUGUAGUUAUUUUUGGUUGCAGUUACACCAUUCUUAAAAUAAUUCCCAAUACAAAUGAGGCUGAAUGGAGGACACCUGGCUGAAUGAAACUACGUGUGAAAGGGAUCUAGGAGUCCAAGUAGACCACAAGUUGAACAUGAGUCAACAGUGCGAUGCAGCAGCUAACAAGGCCAAUGCGAUUUUAGGCU